AUGCCCGGGGCUGGGGCCGGGGCCGGGGCUUCGGAGGAGGGCGGGGGCCCCGAAACGACUCGGGAACCGGCGCGGCUGUGCGGCUACCUGCAGAAGCUGUCGGGCAAGGGGCCCCUGCGCGGCUACCGCAGCCGCUGGUUCGUGUUCGACCCGCGCCGCUGCUACCUCUACUACUUCAAGAGUCCGCAGGACGCUCUGCCGCUCGGCCACCUGGACAUCGCUGACGCCUGCUUCAGCUACCAGGGCCCGGACGAACCGUCAGCUGCGGGGCCGGCGGUUGCCGUCGGGCCCGCCUCGGCCGGGGGCGCCGAUGAUCCGCCCGCCGCGCUCUUCCAGGUGCACAGCGGAGGCAGUGUCACGGUGCUCAAGGCUCCUAAUCGUCAACUCAUGACUUACUGGUUACAAGAAUUACAGCAGAAGAGAUGGGAAUAUUGCAACAGUCUUGAUACUGUAAAGCGGGACAGCAGGACCUUCCCAAAUCCUGGUGACUUUUCCAAAGGUCUUGUUGCCAAAGAUAACACAGAUGUAAUUCUCCUGCAUCCAAAUGCCUCUGCAGAGAAAGCCAGAAACGUCCUUUCUGUGGAAGCUGCCCCUGGAGAGCUGGUUGGAGAGCAAGCAGCCAACCAGCCAGCUCCAGUUCAUCCAAGUACCAUUAAUUUUUCCCUAAAGCAGUGGGGCACUGAGAUCAAAAACUCAAUGUCUUCAUUUAGACCUGGGAGAGGAAAUAAUGAUAGCCGGAAGAGUGUGUUUUACACUAAUGAAGACUGGGAAUUAAUAGACCCAAAUCCUAAAGAUUUAGAGGAAUCAAUGGUUCAUGAAGAAAGGAAGAAACAAAUCUCAGAAGGAAACAAAGGAGUAAUUGGCUCAGCAUUCUCCUUUGAUUUUGGCCGUAUUCCCUAUAAAGGAAAGCGACCUUUGAAAGAUAUGAUUGGGUCAUACAAGAACCGAAACAACAGUGGUGAUUAUCCAGUUGAGUGGACUUCAGGCAAUGGCAGUAAAUCAACUUCUGAAAUACAUUUGAAGUUUCAAAACCAACAGGAAGAACUAGAAAGACUGAAGAAGGAACUCUCUAGCCAAAAGGAACUUGUCCGACUCUUACAGCAGACAGUCAGGUCAUCCCAAUAUGAUAAGUAUUUCACGAGCAGCCAUCUUUGUGAUGGGAUCCCAAAAGAAAAGCUUGAGCUUCUGCACCAAAAGGAUGACCAGAUUCUAGGCCUCAGCAGCCAGCUUGAAAAGUUCAAUCUGGAAAAAGACAGCCUCCAACAGGAAGUGAAGAACUUGAAAUGCAAAGUUGGUGAGCUCAACGAGCAGCUGGGCAUGUUAGUGGAAACAAUCCAAGCCAAAGAUGAAGUGAUCAUUAAACUCUCCAGACAGCUCAGUGAAUGUGAGGGGAAUGCAUCUCCCCAGACCCUUAGCACUUCCACGUCCUCUUCCACUAACAAAGACCUUCAGGAACUCGACAGACUAAAAGACUGUCUUCAAGGGUAUAAAACACAGAAUAAAUUUCUAAAUAAAGAAAUUUUGGAACUGUCAGCUCUUCGAAGAAAUGCAGAAAGACGAGAGAAGGAUUUAAUGGUUAAGUAUUCCAGCCUGGAAGCCAAGCUUUGUCAAAUAGAAAGCAAGUAUUUGAUUUUGCUUCAAGAAAUGAAGACUCCCGUGUGCUCUGAAGAGCAGGGACCUGCCCACGAUGUCAUAGCCCGGUUACUGGAAGACGCUUUGCAAGUGGAAGGCCCAGAACAGCCUGAACAAGCUUUUGUCAAACCUCAUCUUGUCAGUGAAUAUGACAUUUACGGGUUCCGGACAGUUCCUGAGGAUGAUGAAGAGGAGAAGCUAGUCGCUAAAGUACGAGCACUAGAUCUAAAGACUCUGGCUCUCACGGAAAAUCAGGAGAUUUCCACUGGGGUCAAAUGGGAAAAUUAUUUUGCCAGCACCAUGAACCGAGAGAUGAUCUGUUCUCCUGAACUGAAAAAUCUCAUCCGCACGGGGAUCCCACAUGAACAUCGUUCCAAAAUGUGGAAGUGGUGUGUCGACCUUCGCACCAAGAAGUUUAAGGACCGUGCUGAGCCUGGAUAUUUCCAGAGCCUGCUCCAGAGUGCCCUGGAGAAGCAGAAUCCAGCCUCAAAGCAAAUCGAGUUGGAUCUCCUAAGAACGCUGCCCAAUAACAAGCAUUACUCCUCCCCCACUUCAGAAGGCAUUCAGAAGUUACGCAAUGUCCUGUUGGCCUUUUCGUGGAGAAAUCCCGAUAUAGGAUACUGCCAAGGGUUAAACAGGUUGGCUGCAGUCGCUCUCCUCUACUUGGACCAAGAAGAUGCUUUCUGGUGUCUCGUUACCAUUGUGGAAGUUUUCAUGCCUCGAGAUUAUUACACAAAGACUCUACUAGGAUCACAGGUUGACCAGCGAGUAUUCAAGGAUCUCAUGAGUGAGAAACUGCCUCGGUUACAUGCCCACUUUGAGCAGUACAAAGUCGACUACACACUCAUUACCUUCAACUGGUUCCUGGUGAUAUUUGUGGACAGUGUUGUCAGUGACAUCCUCUUUAAAAUCUGGGACUCUUUCCUGUAUGAAGGACCAAAGGUCAUUUUCCGCUUUGCUCUGGCACUUUUUAAGUACAAAGAAGAAGCAAUCCUGAAGCUGCACGAUCCGAUGGCCAUAUUCAAGUGUCUGCGAUACUUCACCCGCACUGUCCUCGAUGCUAGGAAGCUGAUCAGUAUUGCCUUUGGGGACCUGAACCCCUUCCCGCUCCGGCCCAUUCGGAAUCGGAGGAGCUACCACCUGGAGAAGGUGCGGCUCGAGCUGACGGAACUCGAAGCCAUCCGGGAGGACUUUGUGAGGGAGCGAGACACCAACACGGACAAGCGAGACCUCAUCAGCGAUGACGACGAGGACAACUGA